GUACAUUAUCUCACACAUUUCUUUCUUGAGUAGUAAACACAGCGAGGAAUAUAUAUAUAUAUUUAAACAAUAACGUUUGUGGUGGGAGAAAGAGCAUUGUUUUUUUUACGUCCAUCUUUCAUAUGGUCAAAUUCUUUAAAAUAAAAACCCAGACACUCAGCUCAACGCUCUCUCGCCACGCCGCCCCGGCACGUCCCUCUUGACGUUUCAUUUCACCGGCGUGUCAUUGGUCCGUUUCUGAAACGCUUGGCGCGCUUGUAGAAGAUGCACGAACUCUGUCAAAACAUAUUUGCUAGCUCCAGCCAGCCAUUGAACUAAAAUCAAACCAUACCUUGUUCUAACCCCCAGGCAGCAAGAGCAUUAUUAGCAGUGAUGGAAGAGGCUGGUGCCCCCCACUUCCCCUUCCCCUACCAGCCAUACCCCAUCCAGGAGCAGUUCAUGCAGGCCCUGUAUGGGGCACUGGAGCACGGCAAAGUCGGCAUCUUUGAGAGCCCUACUGGAACGGGCAAGUCUCUGAGUCUGAUCUGUGGAGCUCUGAGCUGGCUGAGGGACCAUGAGGAAAAGAGGAGACAGGAGGCAGACAGACUGCUGCAGGGGGAUGGAGGUACAUCUCUCUCCAUCUCCUCACCCCUCUCUACCACAACAUCCUCCACCCGGCCAUCCUCCUCUGCUGAGCCUGACUGGAUCACCGACUUUGUGCAGAAGAAGGCAGAACGGGACUUUGUGUCUAAACUGAAGGUAGAUGAAGAGCUGCGGAGGAAGAAGAGGGAGGAACACCUGGAAAUGAUCAGAAACAACUCUCAGCUGAAAUACGCUCUGAAGAGAAAGAGCUGUGAGGAUGAUGAGGCAGUGAAGCUGCUGCAGCUAAGUAAGGACCCCAAGGAGGAGGAGCUAAACAACCCUGAGGAGGAGCUUAUUGUGGCUGAGUAUGAAAGCGAUGACGAAUCAAAGACCAAGAACAAGUUCUGUGGUGGUGAUGAUGAAGAUGACUUGGUGGAGGAGCACGUCACCAAGAUCUACUACUGCAGCCGUACACACUCCCAGCUGGCUCAGUUUGUCCAUGAGGUACAGAAGAGUCCCUUCAGCCAGGACAUCAGCCUGGUCCCACUGGGGUCCCGACAGAAUAUGUGUGUAAAUGAGGAGGUGCGUCGGCUGGGAAGCGUCCAACGUAUCAACGACCGCUGUAUGGAAAUGCAGAAGAACAAACACGACCAGCUUCUGAAGGAAGUGGAGGGUGGUAAGAGGAAGAGGGGUGCGUCUAAGGCGGUGUGUCCGUACGUAGGGGCUCAGGGGCUGCAGACACUGAGGGAUACAGUGUUGGGGGCGGUACGAGACAUAGAACAGCUGCUCAGCCUGGCCAGAGAAACACGCUCCUGUCCCUACUACGCUACACGCCUCGCUAUACCCCCCGCACAGCUGGUGGUGCUGCCCUAUCAGACUGUACUUCAUGAGGGGACGAGGAGAGCAUCGGGGGUGCAGCUCAAAGGACAGGUGCUGAUCAUAGAUGAGGCUCACAACCUCAGUGACGUUCUCUCCUGUAUACACAGCUCAGAACUAACUGGCGCACAGCUAUGCCGUGCACACUCCCAGCUUGCACAGUACUCUGAACGCUACAGGAGUCGACUGAAGGCCAAGAACCUGAUGUACAUUAAACAGAUCCUUUUUGUGUUGGAGGGGCUGGUGCGUGUGCUGGGAGGUAAGGUGGGGCAGAAUCCACACAGCCAGACUACUCAGCCAGCAACCGAACUGCUGACCAUCAACAACUUCCUGUUCAAGGCUCAGAUAGACAACAUCAACCUCUUCAAGGUACAACGAUACUUUGAGAAGAGUAUGAUCAGCAGAAAGCUGUGUGGCUUCAUAGAAAAGUAUGCAGGUACAGGUGUGACGUCACACACACAGACACAGUCUGCCAACAAAGAGAAUCGUCGGACUGAAGGCCUGAACCGCUACCUACAGACACUGCAGAGCAGCCAACAGCCUGACACAGAGUCACCUCCAGGCCAGCAGGGAGCAGCAGAGGACAGAGAGCUGGCAGCAUCCCCUAUGAUGCAGGUAGAGGGCUUCUUCAUGGCUCUCACCAACGCCAACACUGACGGACGUGUGGUGCUACACACACAAGGUAGUGUAGCGGUGAGUAGUAUGAAGUUCCUCCUGUUGAACCCAGCGGUCCACUUUUCUCAGGUGCUGAAGGACUGUAGAGCUGUCAUCAUCGCUGGAGGAACCAUGCAGCCUGUGUCUGACUUUAAGCAGGAGCUGUUGUUCUCUGCUGGUGUUGGACCGGAGCGCAUCAUAGAGUUCUCCUGUGGUCAUGUGAUUCCUCCAGAGAAUAUCCUGCCCAUAGUGCUGUGCAGUGGCCCGUCUGGUCAGGAGCUGGAGUUCACCUUCCAGAACAGAGACACACCACACAUGAUGGAGGAGACUGGCCGUGUGCUGUCUAACCUGUGUAACGUGGUGCCGGGAGGCGUGGUGUGUUUCUUCCCUUCCUACGAUUACUCCAGAAGGAUUCUGGAGAACUGGGAGGCCAGCGGAGUUCUGGCACGCCUCUCUAGCAAGAAGAAGAUCUUCCAGGAGCCAAAGAAAGCCAACCAGGUGGAAAAAGUGCUCAAUGAGUUCUCACGCACAAUCCAGAGGUGUGCUGUGGAUGGGGGUACACUCUCUGGAGCGUUGCUGUUCUCUGUGGUCGGGGGAAAGAUGAGCGAGGGUAUCAACUUCUCGGACGACCUCGGCAGGUGUAUUGUGAUGGUAGGGAUGCCAUAUCCAAACAUCAAGUCUCCAGAGUUAAAGGAGAAGAUGGCUUACCUGGACAAGAACCUGCCUCACUCUGGUGGGAGGAGUCCAGGCCAGGCUCUGAUAGAGAACCUCUGUAUGAAGGCUGUCAAUCAAUCCAUAGGAAGAGCCAUCCGUCACCGUGAAGACUAUGCAUGUAUCGUUCUGUGUGACCGACGGUACUCCCGACCUGCAACGCUGGCCAAACUCCCCGACUGGAUCAGAGCACACACGCACACACACACCAGCUUCGGCCCUGCCUUCGCCAGCCUGAGACGGGUAAUACACACACACUAUGUCAGUAGAGCACAAGCCCUCUGACCCAACUUCUUCUUUCCUCUUUCUCAGUUCUUUAUGGAGAAGAAGAAACAGCAGCAGCUAUGAGAGGAAGGGGUAGCAGGUGUUCUGGUGUGUAACGCUGGUCAGAAGAGAGCUACCUCACCUCUCGGAUAUCCUCGCUCUGGAGACAAGAUUUCUGAUUGGAUUCUCCUCAAGGGAUGUUAAAGCACACACUCGUCAAAGCAUGAUGGUUGAGGCUCUUUGUAUGUUUUACACCCAUACCUCUCCAACAGUCAACUCUCCACUGCCAGUAUUUUAUGCAAAAUAAUUUUUAUUGAAUGAUGUUCAUAACAUUCUGAUAGAAAUGUUGUGCUGCUUUAGUGUGGUGUUAUGUAAUUAUAUUUACGUGUUACUUGA